UCUUUAUCCUGAGGCAUGCGGCACCGCACCCAGUUUCUUGGACUCGAGUCGAGUUUGUUGUCAUUUUCGCAUUCAUAUCCACAAUGAACCAGGGACGGAUUUUUACAAAGGAGGUUGAGUUUGUAUAUAGUUAACAGAUAUGAAGAAACCAUAAUAGUACACUACUUAUACUAUAAAAUCGAAUUUACUAUGAAAAUUGGGAAAUGAUUUCAUCGUUUUUUCUAAUAUACUUUCUUUAGAAUAUGAUAUUCUAUGUUGUUAAGGAUCAACCAUUAAAUGAUUCUCAACUAAUGUAGCUGAGCACAAAGGUUUUCCAGAUUACUUCAUCGGAGGCAAUCCUGCCCUGUGUCUAGUAAAAUAUCUAUCAUUGCCUUUUCUAGUUUCAGGCUUCAUUUGUCCACGGGAGGGGAUGGCUCCUUUGUUUGUUAUUUUACAAGUUAGCCAUUUUGCCGCCACAUGGCUACACCCCGCGAAUUAUUUUUCCAGAAGGGAGUGUGUGGGGCCGCGCCUCCCUUACCAACUUAUUUGGUGGGCCAGGCCAGUUCGGACCAGUUCCUGGGCCAGCAGUAGGAACUGGAUUGGCCAGGCAGCCGGACGUGUUUCGGGAGCAACUCCGCGGUUCCAGCACCUGACAGAGCUCACAAAUCAAGCGGAAAAUGGAUGACGAUUCGGAUAUCUUCGAUGAAAUGUGGCUGGAAAGUGUGGUCAUAGCGGGCUUCCGAGUGUGGCACAUUAUCGCCGCCGUGCUGGGUGUCCUCCUCCUAAUAAUGAUUAUGGUGUGCUGCUGCAUUCGCUUCCGUAUUCCGCGCACCAAGCAGGAAAUCGAGGCGGACUACCAGCGCAAGCAGAUCACAAAGAAGUUCCGCGAGAAGCUGCAGCAGAUCAAGAACUCCGAAAUGGACGACAUGGACCUGCAGAAGGUGUGUGCCCGCAUCCAGAGCGACUAUCUCAACUUCCAGGUCAGCAUGGAGAGCAUGAACGCGAAGCAGAAUGUUAAGUUUAAGAUCUAAGUGCCUGUUAUAGUAUUGUGCAGCGGAGAUGGUAUACCUAAGCGAAAUAUUAGUAACCUAAUGUCUUAAUUAAUGCAAUUAAAAGCUAAUAAGCUAGAAAAUAAAGUGUAUUCGAGCGCCUGCAGCUAGCUAGAGAUUAAAAGAGUGCCCUUUGUAU